CCACACUCUCUUCACGCCGGGCAUGCCACUCCCCGCACAUCUCGAGCAUGUGCCGGGUCCUCCGCUGCCCGUACCAUCGUGGGUACCAAAGGGAUUCUUGAGCGUCCUCGUUGCUGCGAUCCUCAAUGCAGCUACCCGCCUAGAGACGUCGACGUCCGUCUCCCUCUCCCUUGCCCGCUUCAAAGCCUGGUUGCCUACCACGACACGCAAAGAGCGCUUCAAAUUCGCCAUCAUGAUCACAAUUGCCCUCUUCUCCAUGUUUAUCAUGGGCAGUCCAGGCUUUCCGCUCAAGCUGGCCAUCCCUGCGCUUUACAUUACGGCCAUUCUUCUGCCCAUCACAUCUCAAUUCUUCUUGCCGGCUUCGCCCAUCUUUUUGUGGCUACUCUUCUACUACUCGUCUGGAUUCUUGUCACCGUCCACUCGCCCUCACAUCUGGGUGAGCGUGCUUCCUACGCUGGAGACUAUCUGGUAUGGGGCCAACAUUUCGGACAUCCUGACUCGAGCCGGGCAUCCUGUUUUGGACGUCCUUGCGUGGAUUCCGUACGGCAUCGUGCAUUUUGCUGGGCCUUUCUUUGUUGCUGCUUUCCUCUUCGUCUUUGGACCGCCGGGCAGCGUCAAGUUCUUUGGGUCGGCUUUUGGGUUCCUGAACCUGGUGGGAGUCAUUAUUCAGGUGACGUUCCCUACUGCGCCGCCUUGGUACGAGUUGAGAGAGGGAUUGACGCCAGCCAACUACAGCAUGAAGGGCUCCCCGGCCGGCCUCGCACGCAUCGACGCCCUCUUUGGCGGGCACGGCUACACGCUCACAUUCACCAAUGCUCCAGUCCCCUUUGGCGCAUUCCCCUCGCUCCACGCCGGGAGCGCAACGAUGGAAGCGCUCUUCUGCAGCUACUUUUUCCCUAUUCAGCUCUCACUCGGUGAUGGUAGCGGGCGAGGGCUACUGGGCCGCUGGCUAGGCAAGGGCAACAAGUUGGCAAUCGACGUGCGCAUUUUCUACUGGAUGUACGCCUUUUGGCUCUACUGGUGCACCAUGUACCUCCAGCACCACUACCUCGUCGACCUGGUCGGAGGAGGAUGCCUGGCAACGCUGAGCUUCUAUCUGUUCCUCGACGACACGCAGAGACACUACAUGGAGGAGUACUACCCAACGAAUCCAUCUGCUCCUGCGCCUUUUACUACAUUAAUGCAGGCGUCGCAGUCGCAGCUGCACUUGGAGAGGCGGUCAGAGGAUGUCGCAAUGAGUGCGCUGCCACGCAGAAGCAGUGAUGUUGAGGCGGCUGCGAGAGGGAGCAACGGCGCUGCGGUCAAGGGGAGAGAGGACUCUGAGACGCUGUUCGCGGUCACGGAGGAGGGGGAAGAGGUUGCUAGCAGAUCAGCGACGCCAAAGCCCGUACCUGGCAAGGAGGCGACAAAGGCGAAGGAGUCAUCACGGCAAGACGCAGAGAGGGACUCAUUUGACGAUUGGGGGGCGUAGAAGUGUGGACACGAAGGAUCGAAUUCUUGACGAUGCAGCCCUUUCGACAUCUCACUGCUGCUGUAAUGACAAUCACUUUCUCGUCACGAGGAGGUCACUACGCUACCGCCGGCUGUCAAUCGGGGCCUGAGUGGGCGAGUGAACAGGCAGGUCCAUGCUUGGCGGAAUGGGGGUCACGU